AUGGAUUUUAAUGAAUGUUUCAUUCAUCCAAAGUCAUUCUCUUUAGACCCUAACAUUUAUACAGAACUUGUAGAACAUUAUACAAACGAGGCUUUAUGUUUUCCUGUUAAAGUUAUGGAUUGGAUUCCUAUGGACGGUUCAUUCUCAAAGAAUACAGAUAGUUCAAGUGCAACAUUUACAGCAGCUUAUACGCCUAUUAAUGUUAAAAGUAUUUGGGCACUAUUUAGAAAGAAAGACAACUAUUAUGUUAAUUUUGAGAACCCUAAGUUUAAAUAUCUUCAGCUUUCCAUGGGAGCUUAUGGAAAUAUACCUGCAGAACCUGAAAAAUCAUAUGGACCUGUAUUUUAUGAAAUGGUUGCGAACGCCUGCAAUACAAACAAUGAUAUGAUUGGAUUUAAUGAAGAUGUUAUGAGGUCAUUGGUGGAUGAUGGUAGUGUGGAACAUAAAUGGGAUAGCUAUGACAACACACAUUUCUUAUGUGGUUUUCCAACAGAAGUAGACUUUUGCUUCCAGCAAGGUCAAACAUCUACUGCUCCAAUAACAUACAAAUUGUCUGUUAAAGGACCUAUUGAACUAGCAACUGAAAACGUACCAAAGCCACUUAUUGGAUUUAUGAGGGAUUGUUGCUUUGCCAUUCAGGUGCGUGCUAAUGGAAUCCCAAUAAUAAGAUUAGAUGACUAUAACUUAGCUACGGACGACAGUGAGGAAUAA